UAGUAGUCGUCAAAUAAUCAUAGACGAAAAAAUCUUGUGUUGGAUAUACUUUUUUUUUAUUUUUUUGCCUUAAACGCAAGCAAAGCAUAACCCAAAUUAACAAGCCAGUUCAAUUCUAACGCUAAAACAAUUACUCGCAUUACACAACCUUCUUCUUUCUUCUUCUAGAGAGAGAGAGAGAGAGAGAGAGAGAGGAAUGGAGGAGCGACCGGUUAGAGUAUAUGCGGAUGGAAUCUAUGAUCUCUUCCACUUCGGCCACGCCCGUGCUCUCGAGCAAGCCAAGAAACUGUUUCCAAAUACUUAUCUGCUUGUUGGAUGCUGCAAUGAUGAACUCACCCACAAGUAUAAGGGCAAAACUGUUAUGAAUGAGAAGGAACGAUAUGAGUCUCUCCGCCACUGCAGAUGGGUUGAUGAGGUUAUCCCUGAUGCACCAUGGGUGCUUACACAGGAGUUCAUUGACAAACAUCAGAUCGACUAUGUUGCACACGAUUCUCUUCCUUAUGCUGAUGCGAGUGGAGCUGGAAAUGAUGUCUAUGAAUUUGUUAAGUCCAUUGGGAAAUUUAAGGAAACAAAACGGACUGAUGGGAUAUCUACAUCUGAUAUUAUAAUGAGGAUUCUCAAAGAUUACAAUCAGUAUGUGAUGCGUAAUUUGGCCCGUGGAUAUACAAGAAAGGACCUAGGUGUUAGCUAUGUCAAGGAAAAGCGGCUUAGAGUGAACAUGGGUCUGAAGAAAUUGCAGGAGAGAGUGAAGAAACAACAAGAGAAAGUUGGAGAGAAGAUACAAACUGUAGCAAAAACUGCUAGAGUACAUCGUAAUGAAUGGGUGGAUAACGCAGAUCGAUGGGUUGCUGGAUUUCUUGAGAUGUUUGAAGAAGGUUGCCAUAAAAUGGGAACAGCUAUUAGAGACCGAAUACAAGAGCGGCUUAGGGUGCAGCAGUUAAAAGGACUUAUAUAUGAUGAGGAAGUUGACGAUGAGUACUAUGAAGACUCUGAAGAAGAAGAGGAAGAAGAAUACUAUGACUAUGAAGAGGAAAAAUGAGUUGCUCUUUUAUGGGGCGCUGAUUUUGUUCAUGGUGUCAAAAGCAUGGUAGUUUAUAUUAACCUCCACUCGGGUGAUCUUCCUGGCAGAUACGGGAUAGACUUAAUCUUGGAAACCAGUUAAAGGCUAGCCUGGAUCUUUCAUGUUCAGUAAUUAGUAUAUGCAUAUCUGGUUUGAGCAAAGAAGAUUAGUAUAUGCAUACCUGCUUUGAGCAAAGAAAAGCAGUUGCGUGUUGGAAAUAGCUCGUGAUAACAUAUGUAUGGUAAAAGGCAAAACUUGUGUGAAUGGUUUUGGAAGUGGUAUUGAUUUGUAUGUAAGGUAAAAAAUACUUAAAAACUUUUGAAA